AUGGUCUCUUCACCUUUUUCGGAGAAUGGCCGCACCAGCACAUCCACGGUGCUGUCGGCCUCCUCUUCGCAGCCGGCAUCCGCCCUGUCGGUCGCCGCUGACGUGUUCGCGGCGUCCACCGACGAGGAGCUCAAGCCUGCGGACAUUGUCCAGACGCUUUUGCGUUACAUGCAAUCUCUCUUUGACGUCAUCGCCUCGAUGACCGAAGACAUGACCAAAUCGUCCAGUUUUCCCCGCGAAGCUAUUUCGCGUGCGGCCAGCGCGCGUGACCGAUGCGCGCGCAUUUGUGAAGGCCUCGAGGAACGUUUGCAGAGCGCUUUAACCGAGGGCACUAACAUCCAAGACAUUCGCUUGGCCAUGUCCGUCAUCCUGGAUGGAUUAUCCAGCCUCAUGGCUGCGCAUGACUUGGACGUCGCUCGACAACUCUCAGACAAUGGCGGUCCCAGCUCGUCCGGAGAGGAGAUGAGCGUCAUGAACAACUAUUUUGGCAUUGGUCUUGAUGCUAAAAUUGCAGCGGAGUUUGAUACUCUGCGCAACGAAUUUCCGCACAAAUGCCGGUCGCGAUUGAAGAAUCAGAUGUGGUAUGGAUGGAUGGGCCUCAAGGAGGUGUUUUUGAACACGUGCAAAAACCUCCACCGGCGCAUCCGUAUCGAGGCUGACGGCAAAGUCUUGGACCUGCCACGGCUGCAGGGUGUGGUCAUUCUUAAUAUUGGCAGUUACAUGGGUGGUGUUGAUUUGUGGGGCACGCCUCGCCCUGGCUCCUCGUUUCGGCCUCAGUCAUUCAAUGAUGGCUUGUUGGAGAUUGUGGGCAUUCGUGGCUCCAUGCAAAUGGCCAUGUCCAAGUCUCUCAAGCUCAAGCCCAUCAAACUUUGCCAAGCGCGUGAGGUGAUUAUCACAAUGCUCGGCAUGGAGAAAUUGCCAGUACAGGUGGACGGCGAGCCAUGGAUGCAGUCACCGGCCGUGAUUCGCAUCAGUCUCAAGGGCAAGAUGCAAAUGCUGUGCCGCGACCGCAACUUUGAGCAAAUCGUGCGCGGCUGGAACGCACCCCUUUCAAAGGAAGCCGAUCUCAUUACCGCCUUUCGCUCAACGAUCAGCGCUCUGCGAAUGGAACUUGGAUCAACCGGCGACCUCAAUUCCUCGGCCCGCCAUGGGCUCAAGAAGUUUGAGGAACGCCUCACUAGUUUUGCCGGUGCCGUCGAGGUGCAAGACCUGGAUGAGCCUCUACUUGCACGAGAGGCGUUUAGUCCGGCUCGUGCUCGCUGGCUUGUGACGAACUCACUCAACAUGAUGAGCACCCUGCACCAAGCCAUCGCCGAUUUGGAUGCGACUGCACCUGCUGUACAGCUCUUUGAGCGAGCACGUUUGCAAAGCCUCGUCCUGCUCAAAUUCCUGAAUGAGGCUGUACCGACCUGGCUUGCCGAGCCAGCAGGCACGAGCACACUUCAGGUUGGUUUGCAAUUGCAAAUGACUAUUCCACCCUUUGAUCUCAAAGGAUAA